UGCCACACAGCACACAGUCCACAGCGAUAGGGACUGCCUCCCUUACAAAAGCAGCGCCCCGUCCAGACGCUACAUACUCUUCCACCGAUGAUUGUCACAACAACACUGACUUUUCUUUGUCGUUAUCUCUUGGGAUAAUUUCAGGAGAAAAUCCUCCUUCCAUCAUCACCAUGGCAUCAGUUCCUUCGGCUGUUUGUUUGCUUGCAGCACGGAGUCCUUAUUAUAGAUUCCGACUUAACUCCACAACAGGUAUGGUGUCCAAUGGGCCAUGCAGUUUAGAGAAUGCCAUGGAGCAUGAAAAAUCCCACCAAGGAUUUCUUCUCACACUGGAGAAGUGUUGGUGGAUAAAGAACUUUCUGAGUAGCGAGACUCCUCAACACCCGAUAAACACUGAACUACCUGCCAGAAGUCAUCAUUGAUCAAAGAUGAAAUAUGGACAAUUGCCUUCUGUGGAUUAAAGUUUAGUCUGCAAUAUCCUGUAGCAUGAUGCUUCCGGCUGAGGGAACUGGUUGGAAUUGACAGUGUCCCAACUUUGAUCUACCAUGAAGUAUGUGAUGGCCACUUCAAGAAGCAAGUGGGGUUUCCUUCACCAGCAUUGCCAUUUAAUCAUUCUUUAGUUGGUCAAGAUUAUUUACCAGGAGCACCUCUACGUGCAAAAUAAGAAUAUUUAGAUUUUGCAAGUAUUAUGGAAACUAAUGUCAAAAUCUAUUUAAUUUGUGUUGUGUUUUCUGUCUUUGUCUCAGUGCUGGAUAAUUAUUUAAUAGAGAGGAGACAAAUGUUGAUCUGAAUGAAGCACUGGAUGUUUUGUGUGUCUCUUUUGCAGUGUGCUAACAGCACCUUUCAUGUCACUUGUAUCGGAUGUUAUAUUUGCGUCUAAUAUGCUCAUGGGUGUUUAUAUAUCGAAUAUUAAAUCCAUUCUUUAAUUUCCCAGUAAGCAGUAUUUCCAUCAGGUAUAGGAAAUCCAUUACUUUUAGUAUGAAUGGAAACAUUGAGCAUAAUUACAUAAUUUUUAUGACAUAUGUCACUAACAGUUUACAAUUUUUUCUGUUAAUUAAAAAAAAAUUUGAUAUGUAUAUGGUGCAAAAUUCUGUUUUGUACAUGGAUUUUCUUAAGUGGGAGCAAUUUCAACUCUUCAGAAAUGCCUACAGUUGCAUUGAUGGGCUAAAUUUUGUAAUUCUGUAUUUGAUAGCUUAACACAACUACUUGUCUUUCUUUCAUGAUUUUAUUCCCAUUUUGAAGACUAGAUGUAUAUGUGUAUACCUUGAAUGUAACUUUCGGGCUUGGAGAUGAGAAAUUAGGAUUGUUGAAGCAAAUGCGACAAAAUUGGAUGAUCGACCAUGAUCAUAUUGAACGUCGAUGCUGGCACGAAGGGCCGAAUGGCCUACUCCUACACCUAUUUUCUCUGUUUCCAAUUGGGGAUAUAUGUGAUAGGCAUUUAAUUUUAUUCAGCAUGUUCCCAAUGAAACUAUACGUUGGUUUCUGAGGAUUUAAGAUCAAUGCCAACUGUAUGUCAAUUGCUUCAGAAAUUGGUUACAUGUAGUAGAUAGAAGGAGAAACUUAAUGAUGUUGAAAUAAUCUUGAGCUCUGGACCAAGUAUGUCAAAUCGUGUAAUUUCCCUAAUGGCAGUUUUCUCAACUGAAAUAAUUGUGCAACUUUUAGUGUUUUUUUAAUAAUAAAAGAACUUUACAAAAA